AUGGAUGAAAAUCGAUCUUGCUCAUUUCAACUUCCAAUUCCUCAUUUUUCUAUUAAUAUUUUAUUUGAUAAAGAUGAAUAUGAUUUUUAUAAAAUUAAAUAUAAAGAAAGUACAAAAGAUAAUUUAAGCAAUGGGGAAAUAAAUGCUGUAAAUGAAAAUAAUUAUUCUUCUGAAAGUGAAAAUGAAAAAUUAUUCAUGAAAUACCUUAAAAGCAUUGUAAGAAAAGAAAAUGUAACCAAUACUUCUGAAAAUGAAUUAAAUGAGGAGAGUGCUUUAAAUGAAAGUACAUACUAUUUAAAUGAAUUAACUGAAAACUUAAAAGAACAAGAAGGCUUACCUAGAGCAAAUGAAAUAGAAAAUUUAGAAAAAGAAACAAUAAAAAAGAAUAUUCACUUAUUUGAAAAAUAUCCAAAUAUUCCUAUAAAAAAUGAAUUGAAAACUGAAUGGAUUUAUCAUAAAGAGGCAACACAUUUUAAUGUUUUAAAAGUUAAUUUAAAAGAUUUUAAAAAGGAGUGUGAUCAAGUAAAAGAAAGAUUAAAAAAAAAUUAUUACGAUACAGAAUUUGAAGAGAAAAUAGAAUUAGAAAAAGAUGAUAAAAAUGAAGAAUGCUUGGAAAAAGUUAAUGAUAAAAUUAACUAUAUAAAUAAUGGAAAAAAAAGAAAAAGGAAAAAUAAAAGUGAAUCAAAAAAAAGAAAAAAAGAUGAAUAUGAAAAAAUAAAAAUAAAAUUUUAUAAUUAUUUGAUAAAAAUUUUAUUGUCAGGAAUUAGAACACCUAAUAUAGAUGAAUUAAUAAAUCAUAUAGUUUAUUAUAAUUGUAAUAACUGGCAGCAAAAAAUUGAUUUAAAAAUAUUAAAAAAAGUUGCAGAUCAUUCUAAACGAACAAAAACAUUAAAUAGAACUAAAUGUUUUUUAGAAUGGAUACCAGAAACAGAAGAAAAUACAUUUAGUAAGUAUCAAAUUGUAUCAAAAUUAAAAAAUAAAACAAUAUCAAAAACAUUUAAACUUGUGUGUGAUUUUAAUAACUCCAUUUUAAAAGCUUUAUAUAUAAAUAAAAAUUUAAUUAAUACAUUUUAUACGGAAAAAAAAUAUCAACUUUAUACAAGUUCUUUAAGAAAUUUGUCUUCUAGUAAUAUUUUUAUUAUUUCUGUUUCUUUUUAUCAUCCAAUUAGAGGAAUCAAAAUAGCCGAAUAUGAAAUUUUAUCUAACCAAACAUUGGCUAAUUUAACUGAUGUUUUUUUUUGCUUUGAUUCAUCUAAUUAUGGAUUACCAAAAUUUGAUGGAUCCGUUUAUUUUAUUGAUGGAAUCCUAUACCCAGACUUGAGAAAUAAAAAUGCCUUGGACUAUUCUAAAAGUAUAUUGGAUUUUUAUAUGAAAAAAAAGGAAACAAAUUUUAUUCGUUAUCCUUAUAAAAUAAAUCAAGACAAAGCAGUAAUAAGUGAAAUAAAAAUUCCUUUAUUUCAAAAGUGUUGCUUUUUGCAUCAAGGAAAUUGUGAGCAUAGAAUUGUUUUUAACAAUAUUAGACAAUAUAAUACUUUUAGGGAUAAAGAUUUUUCAAAAUAUCCUCUUAGAAUAUUUAAACCUAAUAUAUCAACAAAAUAUUGUAUAUGUUGCCAUAAAAAUGUUGCUGAAAAAAUUGUGUUAGAUUGCUAUUUAUUAAAGGAAAAUCCUUCAUAUACAUGUAACAGUUGUUUUAGUUUAUUUUUGCUGGAUUUAAAUAAUAAACCAGUUGAUAAUUUUAUGAAAUAUUUUGAUUACAUUAAUGACAUUUAA